CUGACCCGCCUGGCUCAGGCAGUGUACCUGAGACUUUUGCCGUUCGGGGCACACUGCCCCUCGCCCCACGCCUCUCGCUUCAGCAAUGUACAGAGCGCAGGCGGAGGCGGCGAACUCGUCGCAGGCUGGAGGGACGGUCGCGUCGAAGGGGCGCCGCAUCAUGAUCUUCACCAACGGUUCUCGCGGCGACGUCCAGCCUUUCGCGGCGCUGGGCUUGGCGAUGCAGCAGGCGGGUUUCGUGGUCCGCGUCGCCACGAACUCCAACCACGUGCAGUUUAUGCGCCAGUUCGGCAUUGAGGUUGCAAGCACUGGGUUGGACGUUGAGAAGCUCCUUAACGCACCUGAGGUCCGCAAAUCUCUCGAGAAAGGUGACAUCUACAAGAUGUGCAAGUUGGUCGAGCCCGAGACAAAGCGAGCUUUCCCAGGGCUUCUCGAAAGCAAGAUCAGGGAGGUGGAAGAGUGGAGACCCGACGUCCUUAUCGCAACGCCCCUCGAGGCGUUUGAGGUAGAAGCCAUCGCGGCUGCCCGCGGGAUCCCAUCUGUCUUGGCGUCUCUCCAGAUCAGCCUUCCGAGCAGGGAUCAGCCCACCAUGUUCGGGGAGCCGGGGUGUUUCCCCCGGAGGCUCCUGGGCACCUUUGUCCACUGGAUCUUUUGGAGCACUGCCAUGAAGCCCAAGUACGAGGAGAUUCUGAGACAGCUGCCAGAAGCAUCGCCCUUCGUCCCAUCUAGCUUCAGGCAGCAGAUGCUGAACCAGUUUCAUCCCAUCGCGCCCCUUUUAGUGGGCUUCAGCCCCAGCCUCUACUCCCCGAAGGCGGACUGGACCGCCGACGCAAAGCGCAGGGUGAACUGCACCGGCUUCUGGGUCGUGGGCAAGGAUGAGCAGAUGGCCAGGAUGGGUAGCGGAGACGCGAUGUUCGGAGGGGAUCAGCCGGACGACCUCGCCAACUUUCUGGCCGCGGGCCCGCCCCCAGUCUACAUGGGCUGGGGCUCCAUGGUCGGUGUCUCCAGCUCCUUCAUGGCGUGCCUGGCCGUCAGGUCCCUGAUGAGGGCAAACCUUCGCGGCGUCGUCUUGGGCGGCUGGGCGAAGCUGGAGCCCGCCGGGCUGGAGGGCCAGCCGGACACGCCCGAGAUGCUGGCCUUCGCGAGGGAGAACGUGCUCUUCGUCCCGUCGGCGCCGCACGAGUGGCUCUUCCCGCAGUGCGCGGCGAUUGUCCACCACGGCGGCGCGGGCACCACGGCCGCCUCGCUGCGGAGCGGCGUCCCCGGCGUCGUCACGCCGUUCGCCUUCGACCAGUUCGACAACGCGAGCCUCGUCGCCGACAGCGGCACCGGCCUGAGGAUGAGGCAGUUCGCGAAGGUGACGGCCGCGGAUCUGGCGGGCGCGUUGGAGAGGUGCACGACCGACAGGCAGCUUAUCGCGAAGGCGCGCUCCGUGGGAGAGGAGCUGCGGGCGGAGGCCGGCCUGAGCAACGCCGUCCGGGCCGUCGACGAGUUCAUCGUUCGGGAGGUCGACACCGGCGAGUGGAGCAGGAACCUCCAGAGGGCCCGGCGGGCCCCCGGCUGCCUCGCGUGGCUGGGCCGCCUGUGCUGCAGCGGGCGCCCGAACGACUACUCCGUGGCGCGGGCCUCCCGCGGGCCCCCCGCGGGCGCCGCUGCGGCGGCGCCGGCGGCGCCGACGCUUCUCGCCGGGCCCCCGCUGAAGGAUCUCGGAAGAUGGCGGCAUGAGUUCCUUUGGGCCUCCCAGACGGGGUCCGAGCAGAUGGGGUCGGGUCGGACCCCGUCUUGGAGGCCUCUAGUUCCGAGUCGGAGGGCCAAGUCUAUCUGCUUCUAGAAGACAGAUACAACAUCUGGGGACUCAAAGCGUCUGUGGACGCAUUGGGUGCCGUUACUUACACAGGCGCACGCGGGGCGGAUACGUCUAUAAACAGGGCGGCCGUUGCGUUCGACGCAGUGCAGGGUCGGAGCAAGGAUAGAUCCGUGUACGGUGUGCUCCUGUUCUAGAGCAGGUCCCUCAUGGUACUCCAACGCACCAGCACAGGCUUCCAGAGGUCAGCGCGGCCUUCUUGGAUACCCAAGCUGGAGGAGGGCAAUGUACUAUACCUCUGCCUCUUCCCUUCUCGCCAUGGCCAAAUUCAAAUUCUCGCCAGAGCGACGCGAGAGCGCGAAGGUAUUCGCGCUUCGCGCUUCGCGCAGUGCAAUGUGCGGACCUGGCUGCCCUUGUGGAUCGGCGCUGCGAGGCUCCAGCGCCGAUCCAAGACAUCCGUGCAGACGUCUGAGAGUUUGUGUGUCCAUGUCGUCUCUCCUCCUCCCACAGAAGCUGAACCUCCGCCGAGUCUCCUCGGUGUGGGGCCGCUGAGCAGACGGCUGAGAGGCCCAGUGCGGGGCAUCCUGUGCUCUGCCCUC